CUGUGGAUGCGGGCAGCUACUCCUGCGCUGUAAAAGGACAUGAGGAGCUUCGCUCUCCUUCUGUCUGUGUUUUUGAUCAGAACAGCUGCUGGAGUGUAUCUUACUCCACCCAGACUAUCUGUGCUCUCAGUGGCUCAUCAGUGGACAUCCACAGUUACUACACCUUGCCUGAUCAGCUACCUGACCCCCAGCCUGCCUGGUACAUUAGACUCCUCCCACAGGACAAAGAGCUGAGUCCUGCAGACGGCCGAGUGGAGUUUUUCAGUGACAGAGUCAAUAUGAACACAUUGAGACUGAAACAUCUCACAGACAGUGACUCAGCAGAAUAUCUCCUCCGUUUUAAAGCUCACUACUGGAAUCCCACACACAGCUCUGCUGGGGUCUCUCUCUCUGUCACAGGCCUGCAGGUGAAAGUGGAACCUGUUCCAGUCACAGUGUCAGAGGAACAGACUGUAACACUGAUGUGUAGCAGCACCUGCACUCUGCCAAACAACCCCACUUACAUCUGGUACAAGAAUGGACAGACUGUGAUUCACUGCAAAUCUGCCUCCUGCUCUGUAGAUGUGGUCAGUGGUGAGGUCAGCUACAGCUGUGCUGUUGAAGGUCAUGAGAACAUUAGCUCACCUCCAGUGUAUUCCCCAAAAAACACCACAGCAGUGAUCAUUUCCUCUGGAGAGAGAGUGGAGGGAGAUUCAGUGACUCUGAGCUGCAGCAGUGAUGCAAACCCUCCUGUUCUCAUCUACUCCUGGUUUAAGCAGAGAUCAGCUGCAGACGCACCACUGACAACAGGCCAGAAUUACAACAUCACCAACAUCAGCUCCCAGCACAGUGGACUCUACUACUGCACCGCUCACAACCAGCUAGGACAACACAAUUCAACACCCACCCAUCUGCAUGUGUUACGAGCUGAAGGUCCAGAGGAGAGCUCAGUGUUAAAGCUGGUCACAGUGGGAGUUUCAGUCUUUCUGGCUCUAAUACUCAUCACAGCAGCUCUGUGGAUGUGGAGAAAAAAAGUCCACAGCAGCGCUGAGGAGAGUGAACAGCGAGAUGCUGCUGCUGUGUAUGAUAAUGUUUCAGCUCAGCCGUCUCAGCCUGCAAACAGAGAUGAUCAGGACGACAUUCACUACUCCAGUGUUUAUUUCAGACCCUCUCACUCACAGGAAGAGCCUCCAUUCCUCACUGCUAAACUUCCUCUAGACUCCACAGAAGAGGAGGAUGUUCAGUACGCUGCUGUGAACUUCAGCAGACGCACUGCUGCCCCCCAGUCUCCUUUGGCUGAAGUAGCUGAUGAUCCAUCUCAGAUCUACAGUCAGAUCCAAAAACACAAACCAGCAACAUAAACAGCAGAACACGUUCACUGUGAGCUCAGUGGACUGGACUUUCAGAGCUGAAGAUGCAGGAGCUCUGGAUCCUGGAGGAAAGCUGAGCUGUUCACUGUUCACCAAACCUGCACAUUAAAAAGAAACUCAGCUGACAAAACAAAUUAGAGAAAAACAGACUCAGUGUAUUUUUGUGCUCUUUACUGAUCAGUUCUAAAACUGAAUGUCUAAGGCAUCAGUUUCCUCAAACUGUUCAAAGAGCCUGUUGCUUAUAAAAGUCACAUAUAAAAUCAUGAUCAAUGCCGCCACCAGACCAAAAUGUAGGUUCAUAUUUAUUUUUUUCUUUUGUCAACUUGAAUUAACCACCUUCAGAGUUUAAUAAUGAGAAAAACAUCAGAAGUGAACUAACAGCAAAACACAUAAAAAACAAAAUAAACUAAUGAAUCUGUCAUAAAAAUUAUAAUACACUGAUGAAGUCAGGUUUACAUUACAUGAGUUCAGCUUUGAUUACAGCUCUGAUUCACAGUGUAGUUGACUCUGCUGAUCUGCUUCAGGCUGCAGAUUUAGAGCCAGUCAGAGUCAAAGCUUAGCAGAGACAAUCAACAAGUGUGCUAAUAAAGAGCACAUCGUCCGUGAUGUAGCUGAGCAGCUUUGAUUUAUUUUUCAGUUCAGUUCUCAAAGCAGUUCAGAGACAUUCUAUAAAUAAAGUUUCUUAUUUUUAGUUUAUUCAGCUUUAUUGUGUUUUCAUUUCAUUUUAUUUCCAUUUAGUGCUCAGUUCAAUUUUUCAUUAAAAACUAUUUUAUAUAUUUCUGUUUGUCUUUUAUAUGUAGCUCCUAAACUUUGGAACAGUGUUUCAGACAAUAAUAGGAACACAAGCUGUGUAGAUGUUUUUAGAUUAAAACACUUUUGUUUAGGCUUCUUUUGUUUUGUUAU